UACGGUUUUGUAAUACAGCAAAGAGCGAGAGAAAUACGGGUUUUAAUGUCCGUUUACCUAUUCUUAGCGCAGCAUAUUUUGCUGAAAAAAUAAUGGAUUCUGUUGUCGUCCAGUUGACUAACGUAGGCAUCGUAAAAGAAAACUGAAGGAGAGGAAAAAAAAAUGUAUGAUUCACGUUAACUUUGAGCGAACUCGGUUUGCAGUAAAUAGGAAAUGGGGAAGGAGGAGAAAAAGGCGUUUUGGAUGAUGAGAAGUGUUGGAUGAAGGGAAAAGAGGAGGAGGAAUUCGGGGUAGUAUGCAAUGGGCAACGGAUAUGGGAAAAUAAGUGGGUGUUUUACAGGAGCAAAGCGGCAGAGGCAGAGGCAGAGGCAGCGGCAUGAUAUUGCAGUGCUGAUCUCUGAGCCGCUGGAUGAGGGGCUGGGGCAUUCGUUCUGUUACAUCAGGCCUGUAGAAGAAGAACAAGAAAAUGCCCAUCAGAAUCUGGGGUCUGUGAAGCUGGAUAUACCUCGGGAGUUUAAUGGGGAUUCACAGGAGCAGAAGAGAUUGAUGAACUGCGAGAGCACGACUUUUAAAUCGAUAUCCGGUGCAUCUGUAAGUGCCAAUACCUCGACCCCUCUUACAACAGCCCCAACAGAGCAGUACAAUUCGUUUGCAUACUAUGACAGAGCUGCAGCUUUUGAGAGCAGUACAUCGUUUAGUGCAAUACCGCUGCAGCCUGUGCCGAGAGGGUUUUCCAAUUCGGGGCCCCUGACGGGCAGUGGGGGAUUUUUGUCUGGGCCGCUUGAGAGGGGGUUUCUUUCAGGGCCCCUGGAAAGAGGGUAUCUUUCAGGACCCUUGGGGUCUGGGCCUCUGGAUAGAGGCUAUAAGUCUGGUCCUAUGGAGGCUAUAGAGCCAGCCCUUUGCUCCGGGCCUCUUGGGUAUGGGAGAAAACGGUUCAUUAGGGACUCUGUGUCUAGAGCCCUCCUGGGUCCCUUGAAGAGGGUCAUAAGUAGAACUAUUUCUAAGACUGCAAUGUUGUCUUCGAGCCAUCACAGGGGUUCCCUGGUUGCCCCCCUGAAGACCCCUUCUCCUAAGGGCAGGGAAAGAGAAGGGUGCCCCUGGAUUGGGGGUGAUAGUAAAAGUGGGGAUAUUUGCAGUAUCAAUUUGAGCAGCGAUCUUAGCUUGGAUGAUACGGCUUCUGAUUCGAUUGAGAGCCAGAAUGUUCAGUGGGCUCAUGGCAAGGCUGGAGAGGAUAGAGUCCAUAUUGUCAUAUCUGAGGAGCACGGUUGGCUUUUUGUGGGUAUUUAUGAUGGCUUCAAUGGCCCUGAUGCCCCUGAUUAUCUUCUCAGUAAUCUCUAUGCUUCCAUUCAAAAAGAAUUGAAACUACUUGUGUGGGAUCAUGAGAAAUCAGAAUCUCCCAAGGAGAGCAAAAAGGAGGCUAAAUUGGAUGAAAGAUGUAAUUCAUGUGGCUGCAAUGAUCAUUUACAGCUCAGAAGCAGCGAGGACAAGCCGGCUGCAGAGACGAUGUUAUUCUCUAGUUUAGAGGAGACGUUGGAUGAUGACAUUGCAGAUUACAACACAUGCACGAGUCAGCAAAUGCAGGGAUCGGAUAGAGAAAACAGUCAUUACCAUGCCUGUAGAUGUGAGGGGAGCCUAGUUUCUCCAACAGAAAGGACUUCCGAUAUACAAGGAGAAGUUGAUGAGAAAAUAACCUCUAAAAAGAAGCCCAAGCAGUGCAAGAGUAGACUCAAAGGAAUGUCUAGGAAAUGGAGAGAGAGCCAGAGGAAGUGGAAGCAUGAUUGGAUUCAAGAAAGGUUAGAGCUGGACCGAAAAUUGAAGGAGGAUUUUAAUAAAGAUCAACGCGCAAAGGAUUCAGACAGACAAUUGGAUCAUCGGGAGGUUUUGAUGGCACUUGGUCGAGCCUUAAGUAAAACAGAGGAAGCAUACUUGGAGAUGGCUGAUAAAGCUCUGGCUGAAAAUCCAGAGCUAGCGUUGAUGGGAUCUUGUGUGCUUGUGAUGCUGAUGAUGGGAGAAGAUGUAUAUGUGAUGAAUGUUGGAGACAGUCGUGCAAUCCUUGCCCAGAAACUAAAGCCUGACCUAGGCAAUCCUCUUUCUAAAUCUCAGGCUGGCAGAGACUUGGAACGAAUUAGUGAAGAAACCCCAAAUGAUUUGGAAGACUUUGAUGAUGAUUGCUCAUAUGAUCCAAUUAGUAUGGAUCUACCAAGAAAGAGACCAACCUUAGGUGCCGUUCAACUGUCUUUGGAUCACAGUACUAGUGUUGAAAAGGAGGUGCAGAGAAUAAAGGCAGAGCAUCUAGACGAUGCGUUGUCAAUCACAAAUGACCGUGUAAAGGGUUCACUGAAAGUUACACGUGCAUUCGGUGCAGGCUUUCUUAAGCAGCCUAAAUGGAAUGAUGCUCUUCUCGAGAUGUUCAGGAUUGACUAUAUGGGCACAACUCCAUAUAUUAGCUGCACUCCUGCUCUUUAUCAUCACAGACUGGGUCCUGAAGACCACUUUCUGAUACUCUCAUCAGAUGGGCUUUAUCAAUAUUUUACCAAUGAAGAGGUAGUUAACCGUGUAGAAUGGUUUUUGUCAUUUUCUCCUGAUGGCGAUCCUGCUCAACACCUUGUUGAGGAGGUUCUUUUCCGUGCGGCAAAGAAAGCAGGGAUGGACUUCCAUGAGCUUCUGGAUAUACCUCAGGGGGAUCGCCGUAAAUAUCAUGAUGAUGUUUCUGUGAUGGUUGUCUCCUUGGAAGGAAGAAUUUGGAGAUCUUCGGUGUAAAUAAUAUAAGCUAUCUGGGUGUUAGGCACUCUCACAUGAGGGUUGAUUCUUUCUGCUCUCUUCUGCUAUCCCUGUGUACAAUAUUUAAAGCAGAUAUAACAGCUUGCGGAGGCUCCUACCCUUUGUAUCUAAUAGAAACUGAAAGCUUUGUGUCAGUUAAAUUUUGCCCCUUCCUACAUGGCUUCUGAUAAACUGGUUUUCCCAUAAGUAGUUCAAGUGCUCCCUUUCUCAUUCCACUUGCGAAUACGUUUACUUCUGGUGUACGUGCACUGAGACCUUCCUUCCUGCUUAUGUUUUUAAUGGAAUAGACAAACAUUAAAGUCAGAGCACUAUUGCUGCUUUGUCAAAUAUACAAUGAAAAUCAGGUGUGGUUGCUGCACACACUUCAACUGAGUAUGCCUCUCGCAUUGCUAAAUUUUGGAGGAUUAUAUUCUUGAACUAAAAGCUUAUAUAAACAGUUCUAGUUUACAUGAUGUAGCAAAGAUCCAAGUAAUAUGACAACAAAAUGCAUGGCCUCUUUCUUUGUA